ACAGCAUCUGCUGCAGCAUCAGUGGCAUCUGCUGCAGCAUCAGCGGCAUCUGCUGCAGCAUCAGUGGCAUCUGCUGCUGCAUCGUCAACAGCAUCUGCUGCAGCAUCAGCGGCAUCUGCUGCUGCAUCAGCGGCAUCUGCUGCUGCAUCGUCAACAGCAUCUGCUGUAGCAUCAGUGGCAUCUGCUGCUGCAUCAGCGCGGCAUCUGCUGCUGCAUCCAUCAAUAGCAUCUGCUGCAACAUCAGUGGCAUCUGCUGCUGCAUCGUCAACAGCAUCUGCUGCAGCAUCAGCAGCAUCUGCUGCUGCAUCUUCAGCUGCAUCUGCUACAGCAUCAGUGGCAUCUGCUGCUGCAUCGUCAACAGCAUCAGCAGCAUCUGCUGUAGCAUCUGCUACAGCAUCAGCAGCAUCAGUGGCAUCUGUUGCUGCAUCUUCAACAGCAUCUGCUGCAGCAUCAGCGGCAUCUGCUGCUCAGCAUCUGCUGCAGCAUCAGUGGCAUCUGCUGCUGCAUCGUCAACAGCAUCUGCUACAUCAGCGGCAUCUGCUGCUGCAUCUUCAGCUGCAUCUGCUACAGCAUCAGCAGCAUCUGCUGCUGCAUCCUGCAUCUGCUGCAUCUUCAACAGCAUCAGCAGCAUCUGCUGCUGCAUCUUCAGCUGCAUCUGCUGCAUCUUCAACAGCAUCAGCGGCAUCUGCUGCUGCAUCUUCAACAGCAUCUGCUGCAGCAUCAGCAGCAUCUGCUGCUGCAUCCUGCAUCUACUACAGCAUCAGCAGCAUCAGUGGUAUCAGCUGCUGCAUCGUCAACAGCAUCUGCUACAGCAUCAGCGGCAUCUGCUGCUGCAUCUUCAGCUGCAUCUGCUACAGCAUCAGCGGCAUCUGCUGCUGCAUCUUCAACACCAUCUGCUGCAGCAUCAGCGGCAUCUGCUGCUGCAUCGUCAGCUGCAUCUGCUACAGCAUCAGCGCGGCAUCUGCUGCUGCAUCUUCAACAGCAUCAGCAGCAUCUGCUGCUACAUCGUCAGCGGCAUCUGCUGCAGCAUCAGUUGCAUUUUCUACUGCAGACUCUAUUUCAUCAGCGGCUUCUGCUACAGCUUCUACUUCCUCAGCGGCAUCUGCACUACCAAUCAUGACAGCUCCCGCAGCCGCUGCUGCUGUUCCAGCUGCUGCAGCGCCUGCGACAGCGCCAAGGGGGACGCUGUUGAUUGUGAGAUAUGACAUGCUUUCAUUGUUGCUAAAAGCACAAAGCGUCUCGUCAGACGCCGAACGCAAACUCUACCCAUUAGUUAUAUUAAUACAAAUUAUUUUUAGAGUGCAAUCGGCGCAUAAUUGUUGCACAUGCUCCCGUGGGCCACUUCUGGUUGAAAUUUAUCAGUUAAUCUGCACGUACGUGAACGUGUCAGACAUCAAGAAGGACUGUGACGAUGGUGGUAACCCUUUGUAG